AUGAGGACAGUGCGGUGUUUCUGGUAUGAUAAUGAAGGCAAGCCAUACCUACACCGCGGUACCACUACUGUGCGGGGCUGCACUCGUCUAAACUGUACAUUCAAACAUCCGGACCAACCAGGCUGGGAGCAAGCUUUAACGAGCCGUGAUAAGCCGGCGCCACACCUCCUCGCAGACGAGGAAAUGGACAAGGUAUACGGUCCGCCAAUAGUUCCUGUGCAUCAUCGUCCCCGUUCCCCAUAUGUCCCGCGCAACCGAGGGGGGCAUUCUCCAGCCCGCUCACGUUCUCCCGGUCGCUCGCCGCGCCGCCGACCGAAGUCUCGCUCGGUAUCUCCCCGCCGCCGCUCACGAAGCAAGGAGCGCCAAAGGAGAAACGACUCAGUGUCUUUCAGUGAAAAUUCCUCUCCAUUUCGCACUCGGCCGCACCGAUUGUCCCCAGGGAGGUUGACCGAGCGACGUUCUCCAAUCCAUGACAGUCGCAAAGGCAGCCUCCCCAAAUCCAACACGUCUGAUAAUGUUGCUAUCAAGUUAUCAGAAUCUCCGGUUCUUGCAGCGGCCAGGGUUGGUGAUGCGCCGAUGAAGAAGGGUACGUUGAAGAUCGUCAUGCCUGCGGCAACCGCGCCCGAGGUGGUACCCGUGGAAGUCGUGCCCAGAUCAAUCACAAACUCGGUGAAGGCGGAGGCACAACCAGACCCGGUGCUCACCGCCGAAGACAAACGCAAGACAUGGGCAACUCGCAUUGAAAUUCUUUCCACCGCGACGACCGUCCGUGCUGAAAGGGAGAAGCUCGAUCGUGAUUUGCGCGACCUCUCACGGCUCGUGGGCUCGUCACAUUUCACGAGUCUGCCUGAAGAAGAGCAGACACGGGUGCAGGCGCACGUCUCGGACCUCGAGACCCGCCGCGCUGCACGCGAGGCCGAGCUCAAGCGCACAGUGUCGGCCCUAGCGGAGGUCGAUGAUUUGCCCGCGCUCGCUACUGAACAACCGCCCUCCAAUACCGAGCUUGUCACACAAAUUGAGGAGCUGAGAAGCUCCGUUGCACAACUGAGUGAGCUGCUGCAGACCGUCAGCGCGCGCGUGCACGCUGGUGGAGUGCGCGCCGAACAAGGUAGCUCAACGCCGGCGAAGCGGCGCAAAUUGUCGACAGACGGUAGUGGCAGCGACGCGCCAACGUUGGUCGAGGCCGCGGAAUUGAAUGAGAUGAGGCAGCGGAUGGACUCCCUCGAGCAGAGCUUGGCUGGCGUCGAAAACAAUGUGAACACGCUGUACGGCGAUAUGUCUCAGGAGGUGACUGCACUGCGAGAGGAGAUGGCUCAGAAUGCGGCAGCGCGCCGUCGGUCACCCUCACUCUCCGAGGGCGCAGCGCAACGACUGGAGUCGCUGGAGAAGGAGGUAACGACCACAGGCGAGGAGAUCGCGGAGCUCGCGCAGGAGGUUGGAGGCCUCAUUCGUGACCGCGGCACAAUGCUCAUCGAGAGCGAACGCCUGAAGCUGGAGAACCAUGAGCUGAAGAAGCAGAUCGAAGAAUUGCAGGGAAGCUACAAAACCAGCUUGGAAACCAUGCGGAAGGAAAUUAGCGUGCUUAAUGCCGCCGUCAUCUUGCGGCUAGCGCAACCUCCUCCCGCGACCAUCACUACCUGUCCGUGGGAUGUAGACCAGAUCCUCGACGCCGUUCGGCCAUCGCUCACGGCGUUCGUCCGAACAGAGGUCCAGCCUCUACUCGACGGGCUCAGAAACUCUGUGCAGGAGCUGCUCGCAGUGCAUGAUGCGCAGUUUUGUGGCAUGAUGGCCUCGAAGCUAGCCGUCACUUUACAGGCGGCGGAGGCCAUGCGGACUUGGCUUGACCGGGUAGGUAUGGGUGCAUUGGGCACACCUGCGAACGCGAAUGGCCUAGGGCAGCAUUGA